ACCACACACCAACUCGCAGAUACACAAACACCACCACUCCGAUCCUUACAACAAAACACCCAACAACAUCCUCCAUCGCCGCAGAUUACAACCUUAAUUAGCUUGUAGCUACCCAGGCCAAACAUGAUGUCUCCCUCCAAAACCACUACCACCUUUUUCAUCGUAGCGCUCCUCCUCCUCUUCACACUAUCCUCUGCUUCUCGCCCUCUCCCCGAGUCUCAUGAGGCCACCACCCUCAACAAAACCCAACACCAGGUGAUGAUUGAGAAAGAGGAGAGCUGCAAAGGGGUUGGGGAAGAAGAGUGUCUGAUGCGGAGGACUCUGGCGGCUCACCUUGACUACAUCUACACGCAGAAGGAAAACAAACCUUAAAAUUCACGCAGGCCGGCCUGGAGAUCAUAUCAUACCUUAACCACUGAUUAAGAAACAGUGUUUAUUAUUUGAUCUGUUUCUUAAUUAUGUGUUUUUUUCUAUGAAUAUGGUGGGGCGUCUGCUAUAUAUAUAUAUAUAUAUCUCAGCUCAUGCAUAUGUGAUAUGUAACCACUCAGUUAAAUUACUACUUAUAAUCGCCUUGAAUGUGUGUUCAAAAGCUUCUGUUUCAGUUUUUGAUCGUGCCCAGAUUGUACUGGCCUUACGUUAAGUUUGAUUCAAUUUUCUUAUAUAUAUACGAAAAAUCGAAAUCAUUAUUUGAGGAUGUAUGAUUGGUAAAUCUGGUUGCUAUGUAAUAGUUAGCUUAUAUUAUAUAAUAAGUAUGGAGAAUGUUUAUAUACCUA